GAGUCCCUGCGGCGCCCGCUGGAGUCCCUCAGCAGCAGCCCCCCCAGCGGCAUGGAGUCGCACUUCAGCAGCCAGGCGGCCCCUGCCUUCACGCUGGACUCAGCCGCCAAGGACAAGUCGGAGUUCCACCGCUUCCUCAGGCAGAACCUCUCCCUGUCCAACGAGACCGUCGACCUGCUGACGGGGUCCAAGGUUAACCUCAAGGAGGUGUACCGGCUCUUCUUCGGCAUGUCUCCUGCCUCGGCGGACGCUUUGCACGAGCCCUGGGACCGGUUCAGCACGGCCGAGAAGCUGCUUCACCUGGAGGAGAGUCUUCCGGGGAGCCUGCGGACCGUGGAAGAUGGGCUGGUCCACCAGGCGUUGCGCUACCCGCAGGGGGGCCCCCCCAAGAAGGCCCUGCUGCACCUCCUCUCCCAGGCCCUGGGCCUGGCCGGCCCCGUGGUCGAGCCCUCCGGCGCCUACGGCCCCCAGGCCUUCGUGAAGGACAUGGAGAACAUCCUCUUCACGCCGGCCGUGCUGGAGAGCCUGACCUGCCGGCAGGGCCCGGAGGAGCUGAGGCGCAUCCUGGUCGUCCCGGCGCACCGGCGGCCCCUCCUGCGGGCCUACCAGGCGGCCGCCUGCAACAGGAGCGCCGGCCUGCGCCAGGACUUCUUCCGGCAGCUGGCCGCGGAACUGAAGGAGCAGCUGGACGACCGCAAGGUCGUGUCCCAGCUGAAGCUGGACGAGGUGAACGGCACGGCGGCCCGGAGCCAGCUGCACACCCUCCUGGAGGACCUGGCGGAGAUGGAGAGUGUCCUGAAGGACGUGGACAUCCUCUCGGCGCUGGCCCGGCUGCUCCCCCAGGGGGCCUGUGCCGCCAAGGGGCCCCCCGCGGCCGCGAACAGCUCCGGCUCGGCCGGGAACUUCAGCUCCAGCACCAAUUCCAGCGCGGAGGAGGGCAAAGGCGAGGGCGAGCCGCCCGCCGAGGACCCCCGAGGGCAGUGUGCGGCCUUCGUCCAGCUGUGGGCCGGCCUGCAGCCGAUCCUCUGCGGCAACAACCGGACCAUCGAGCCCGAGGCCCUGCGGCAAGGCAACAUGAGCUCGCUGGGCUUCACCAGCAAGGAGCAGCGCAACCUGGGCCUCCUGGUCCACCUGAUGACUAGCAACCCCAAGAUCCUGUACGCCCCGGUCGGCACGGAAGCGGACAAGGUCAUCCUGAAGGCCAAUGAGACCUUCGCCUUCGUCGGGAACGUGACGCGCUACGCCCAGGUCUGGCUGAACAUCUCGGCCGAGAUCCGCAGCUUCCUGGAGGAAGGCAAGCUGCAGCAACGCAUCCAGUGGCUGCAGCAGAUUGCGGCCGACCUGCAGGAGCACCCGGAGGUGCUCAACGUCUCGGGCAGCGACCUCUUGCGCAGCUUCGUGGACCGUGACUUCUCUCUGCCCAACACCAGCGCGCUCCUGCAGCAGCUGGACACGAUCGACAACGCCGCCUGCGGCUGGAUCCAGUUCAUGUCCAAGGUCAGCGUGGACAUCUUCAAGGGCUUCCCGGACGAGGAGACCAUCGUCAACUACACGCUGAACCAGGCCUACCAGGACAACGUCACCGUGUUUGCCAGCGUGAUCUUCCAGACGGACAAGGACGGCCGCCUCCCACCGCACGUCAUGUACAAGAUCCGGCAGAACUCCAGCUUCACGGAGAAGACCAACGAGAUCCGCCGGGCGUACUGGCGGCCCGGGCCCAACACGGGCGGGCGCUUCUACUUCCUCUACGGCUUCGUCUGGAUCCAGGACAUGAUGGAGCGAGCGAUCAUCAACACCUUCGUCGGCCACGACGUGGUGGAACCCGGGAACUACGUCCAGAUGUUUCCGUACCCGUGUUACACGCGUGACGACUUCCUCUUCGUCAUCGAGCACAUGAUGCCGCUCUGCAUGGUCAUCUCCUGGGUCUACUCGGUGGCCAUGAUGAUCCAGCACAUCGUGGCCGAGAAGGAGCACCGCCUGAAGGAGGUGAUGAAGAUGAUGGGCCUGAACAACGCCGUGCACUGGGUCGCCUGGUUCAUCACGGGCUUCGUGCAGCUGUCCAUCUCGGUCACGGCGCUGACCGCCAGCCUCAAGUACGGGAAGGUGCUGCUGCACAGCGACGUCUGCAUCAUCUGGCUCUUCCUCGCCGUCUACGCCGUGGCCACCAUCAUGUUCUGCUUCCUGGUGUCCGUGCUCUACUCGAAGGCCAAGCUGGCCUCGGCCUGCGGCGGCAUCAUCUACUUCCUCAGUUACGUGCCCUACAUGUACGUGGCCAUCCGGGAGGAGGUGGCCCAUGACAAGAUCACGGCCUUCGAGAAGUGCAUCGCCUCGCUCAUGUCCACCACGGCCUUCGGCCUGGGCGCCAAGUACUUCGCCCUCUACGAGGUGGCCGGCGUGGGCAUCCAGUGGCACACCUUCAGCCAGUCGCCCGUGGAGGGGGACGACUUCAACCUGCUGCUCUCCAUGGUGAUGCUCAUUGUGGACGCCGUGGUUUACGGGGUGCUGACGUGGUACAUCGAGGCCGUGCACCCAGGCAUGUACGGCCUGCCCCGGCCCUGGUACUUCCCGCUGCAGAAGUCCUACUGGCUGGGGAACGGGCGCACCGAGGCGUGGGAGUGGACGUGGCCCUGGUCGCGGGGCACCCGCCUCAGCGUGAUGGAGGAGGACCAGGCUUGCGCCAUGGAGAGCAGGCGGCUCGAGGAGACCCGCGGCAUCGAGGAGGAGCCAACCCACCUGCCGCUGGUGGUCUGCGUGGACAAGCUGACCAAGAUCUACAAGACGGACAAGAAGCUCGCGCUGAACAAGCUAAGCCUCAACCUCUACGAGAACCAGGUCGUGUCCUUCCUCGGCCACAAUGGGGCGGGCAAGACCACCACCAUGUCCAUCCUGACCGGCCUCUUCCCGCCCACCUCCGGCUCUGCCACGAUUUACGGCCACGACAUCCGGACGGAGAUGGACGAGAUCCGGAAGAACCUGGGCAUGUGCCCGCAGCACAACGUCCUGUUCGACAAGCUGACUGUGGAGGAGCACCUGUGGCUUUACUCGCAGCUCAAGGGCAUGGCGGAGGACGAGAUCCGCAAGGAGAUGGACAAGAUGAUCGAGGACCUGGAGCUGACCCACAAGUGCCACUCACUGGUGCAGACCCUCUCGGGGGGCAUGAAGAGGAAGCUGUCGGUGGCCAUCGCCUUCGUGGGGGGGUCGCGGGCCGUCAUCCUGGACGAGCCCACUGCCGGCGUGGACCCCUAUGCCCGGAGGGCGAUCUGGGACCUGAUCCUCAAGUAUAAGCCAGGAAGGACCAUCCUGCUCUCCACGCACCACAUGGACGAGGCCGACCUCCUGGGGGACCGGAUAGCCAUCAUCUCGCACGGCAAGCUGAAGUGCUGCGGCUCCCCGCUCUUCCUCAAGAGCACCUACGGCGACGGGUACAAGCUGACCGUGGUCAAGAAGCAGUCGGACGCUCGGGCCAGCCCGGACUCGGGAGAGACGCAGAGCCCCUCCUGCCCCUCGGCGAUCAGCCCCUGCUCCGAGGUGCGGGUUACGCAGUUCAUCAAGAAGUACGUGGCGUCCUGCCUGCUCGUCUCCAACACCAACACGGAGCUGUCCUACAUCCUCCCCAGCGAGGCCGUCAAGAAGGGCUGCUUCGAGAGGCUCUUCCAGCACCUGGAGCACAACCUGGACGAUCUGCACCUGACCAGCUUUGGGCUGAUGGACACCACGCUGGAGGAGGUCUUCCUGAAGGUCUCGGAGGAGGACCAGUCCCUUGAGAACAGCGAUGCGGACGUGAAGGAGUCCAAGAGGGACGCCCUGCCGCUGCCCGACCUGCCGCGGGGCCCCAAGCCCGAGGCCAACGGAGAAGCCCCGCUGGGCCCGGAGGCGCCCGGGAAGCCCGAGGCAGAGCGGGGCAACCUGCUGGCCGGCUCCGCGCUGGCCCAUUCGCAGGCCUCUCUCCAGUCCUCUUCCUCGGCCGGCUCCGUGCGCGGCGAUGAGGGCGGGCCGUACGCAGAGAUCUACGGGGAUUACUCUCCGCUGUUCGAUAACCCGCAGGACCCCGAUAACGCCAGCCUGCAAGGCGCAGAGGCCGAGGCCGCGGAGCCGGGCCUGGCGGGCCGGGGCAGCUUCCAGCUGGAGGGCUCGUGGCUGAAGCUGCGCCAGUUCCACGGCCUGAUCGUCAAGCGCUCCCACUGCGCCCGGCGCAACACCAAGGCCCUCUUCUCCCAGAUCCUGCUGCCGGCCUUCUUCGUCUGCGUGGCCAUGACGGUGGCCCUCUCCGUGCCCGAGAUCGGAGACCUGCCUCCCCUCAUCCUCUCGCCGUCCCAGUACCACAACUACACGCAGCCCAAGGGCAACUUCAUCCCCUACGCCAACGAGGAGAGGCGCGAGUACCGGCUGAAGUGGUCGCCGGACGCCGGCCCGCAGCAGCUGGUCGGGACCUUCUACCUGCCCUCCGGGGUGGGCGCCACCUGCGUGCUGAAGACGGCCUUCAACAGCACGCUGGACCAGCUGGUGCAGGCGCUGAACCUGGGCAGCAGCGAGGCCAAGAUGCUGGCGGCCAAGUACUUCGACGCCAUGUGCGUGGACUCCUUCACCCAGGGCCUGCCGCUCUCCAACUUCGUGCCCCCGCCGCCCUCGCCCGCGCCCUCCGACUACCCCUUCUCCCUGGACGAGGACCUGCUGCGGGCCUGGAACUCCACCAGCUCCCCGGCCACCGUCCGAGAGGCGGCCACCUCGGCCCCGGCGCUGCCCAGCGUCGUCCACGAGCCCCUGCGGUGCACCUGCUCCGUGCAAGGCACCGGCUUCUCCUGCCCCAGCGGGGUCGGCGGCCACCCGCGCCAGAGGAGGGUGGUGACGGGAGACAUCCUGGUGGAGGUGACGGGCCGCAACGUCUCCGAGUACCUGCUCUACACCUCGGACCGCUUCCGGCUGCACAGGUACGGAGCGGUCACCUUUGGCAACAUCCAGAAAUCCAUCCCAGCCUCCUUUGGGGCCAACGCGCCCCCCAUGGUGCGGAAGAUUGCCGUCCGCAGGACUGCCCAGGUUUACUACAACAACAAGGGCUACCACAGCAUGCCCACGUACCUCAACACGCUCAACAACGCCAUCCUGCGGGCCAACCUGCCCAAGAGCCGGGGGAACCCCGCUGCCUACGGUAUCACCCUGACCAAUCACCCCAUGAACAAGACCAGCGCCAGCCUGUCCCUGGACUACCUCCUGCAGGGCACGGACGUCGUCAUCGCCAUCUUCAUCAUCGUGGCCAUGUCCUUCGUGCCGGCCAGCUUCGUUGUCUUCCUGGUGGCCGAGAAGUCCACCAAGGCCAAGCACCUGCAGUUCGUGAGCGGCUGCGACCCCGUGAUCUACUGGCUGGCCAACUACGUCUGGGACAUGCUGAACUACCUGGUGCCGGCCACCUGCUGCAUCAUCAUCCUCUUCGUCUUCGACCUGCCCGCGUACACCUCCCCGACCAACUUCCCGGCGGUGCUGGCCCUCUUCCUGCUCUACGGGUGGUCCAUCACGCCCAUCAUGUACCCGGCCUCCUUCUGGUUCGAGGUGCCCAGCUCGGCGUACGUCUUCCUGAUCGUCAUCAACCUCUUCAUCGGCAUCACGGCCACCGUGGCGACCUUCCUGCUGCAGCUCUUCGAGCACGACAAGGACCUGAAGAUGGUGAACAGCUACCUCAAGAGCUGCUUCCUGCUCUUCCCCAACUACAACCUGGGCCACGGGCUGAUGGAGAUGGCCUAUAACGAGUACCUCAACGAGUACUACGCCAAGAUCGGGCAGUUCGACAAGAUGAAGUCGCCGUUCGAGUGGGACAUCGUGACGCGGGGCCUGGUGGCCAUGGCCGUCGAGGGCUUCGUGGGCUUCUUCAUCACGAUCAUGUGCCAGUACAACUUCCUGCGGAAGCCGCAGCGUCUUCCCGUGUCCACGAAGCCCGUGGAGGAUGACGUGGACGUGGCCAACGAGCGGCAUCGGGUGCUGCGGGGCGAUGCGGACAAUGACAUGCUGAAGAUCGAGAACCUGACCAAGGUCUACAAAUCGCGCAGGAUCGGGCGCAUCCUGGCCGUGGACCGCCUCUGCGUGGGGGUCCGGCCGGGGGAGUGCUUCGGGCUCCUGGGCGUCAACGGGGCCGGGAAGACCACCACCUUCAAGAUGCUGACGGGAGACGAGAGCGCGACUGGCGGCGAGGCCUUCGUCAACGGGCACAGCAUCCUGAAGGAGGCGCUGCAGGUGCAGCAGAGCCUGGGCUACUGCCCGCAGUUCGACGCGCUCUUCGACGAGCUGACAGCGCAGGAGCACCUGGAGCUCUACACGCGCCUGCGCGGCAUUCCCUGGAAGGACGAGGAGCGGGUGGUCAAGUGGGCCCUGCAGAAGCUGGAGCUGACCAAGCACGCGGACAAGCCGGCCGGGACCUACAGCGGGGGCAACAAGCGGAAGCUCUCCACAGCCAUCGCCCUCAUCGGCUACCCCUCCUUCAUCUUCCUGGACGAGCCGACCACGGGAAUGGACCCCAAGGCCCGGCGCUUCCUGUGGAACCUCAUCCUGGACAUCAUCAAGACGGGCCGCUCGGUCGUCCUGACGUCGCACAGCAUGGAAGAGUGCGAGGCGCUCUGCACGCGGCUGGCCAUCAUGGUGAACGGGCGGCUGAAGUGCCUGGGCAGCAUCCAACACCUGAAGAACAGGUAG